AAUAGCAUAACGCUAACACAGCAGCUUGUGUUUCUAUUGAGAUGUUGGCGUAUUUUCUGGUGUGUUUUUGGUUGGUAAUUAUAAACGUGUAUGGUUUCAAUGUCGAWACCAGGACUGCUACAAUCUACGCACAUCCUAACAGAACCUACUUGUUUGGGUUUACUGUUGCACUCCAUUCCUAUCAGUCUACGAGAUGGUUACUUGUCGGGGCUCCGCUCACUGACGUCAUAUCACCGAAUGGUCGCUUACUUCACAAAUAUGGCGGCAUCUUUAAGUGUGAAACCGCUGGWUCUAAUGCUUGUGUUAUCGUCAACGUUGAUAAUGAACCUGAGCGAAAAGAGCUCUUUCCUGCUGGAUCAAAAAGGAUGGUAGCUAUGGAAACCAAAAGUGGCCAGUGGUUGGGAGCCACCUUAAAAACUAACRACAAAACAGUUUUGGUAUGUGCACCUCGAUAUAGUCACAAGAAAGAAGAUCGUUAUAAAACCCACGAAUUUAUUGACGGUUUAAAUCUCAGGCCAUGGUUAUCUGGAGGCUGUUAUCGUUUACAUGGUAACCUAAGCAGACAGCAACACGGAGGCAUCUUGAAGCCCUGGGCAGAAAGUAAAAGUUAUUAUACUGGAAAUAGCGAAGCAGGAUUCAGUGCUGCCCUUCUAGACACUGGCGUGGUUAUGGGCACAGUUGGAAUAAGUUUCCCGCCAAACCAGAAAGAACCAUUUCUUGGUUGGACAGGUGGUCUGAAUGUGUACUUAGUGACGUCACACGCUUAUAAAACCACAUCGAGAGAUCAGCUGGGGAAGAACGACUACAUGGGUUAUGAUGUUGCAAUCGGUUACUAUGGAAAUACAACAAGACAAGACAUUGCUGGCGGUGCACCAAGAGGAAACAAUAUGAAAGGCAAGGUGCUGAUAUACGACAUCCAAGAGAAAACUGACAUUGUAUUCAAAUCACAACUAAAGCUUCCUAAAGAAGAAGUCAAGGAAGGAGUUAAGGAACAGAAAACUCCUUUUGGGACUUACUUUGGUAGUACGCUUUGUGCAGUUGACUUGAAUCAGGAUGGAAUGACUGAUCUUCUUGUUGGUGCACCGUUUUACACUGAUACCAUGGACGAGGGGCGCGUCUAUGUCUAUGUUAACAAGAAGGGUAUCCYGAUGUUAAGUGAUGUUGUCCUCAAGGGGGACAAUUUACGGGGGGCUCGAUUUGGAACAGCGAUAGCCAAUGUAGGAGAUUUGAACAGAGAUGGUUACCAAGAUGUGGCGAUAGGUGCGCCUUUCGAGGGACAUAAUAGCAGUGGUGCUGUGUACAUAUAUUAUGGAACAAAAACUGGGAUUGAAUCCGAAUACAGACAGAAAAUUUUAAGUAGGACUUUGAAUGAAAACCUGCUAGGAUUUGGCUAUUCGAUCUCUGGUAAAGUAGACGUUGAUGGCAAUGGUUAUCCAGAUAUCGCUGUUGGGUCGUUCUUGUCUGGACAUGCUGUCCUGUUCAGAACACGAAGGAUCGUAGAGGUACAAGCCUUAAUCAGACCAGAUCGUAACAGGAUCGUCCUUGAGAACAACAAGUUUAUGUGUCACGGAGUUGAUGGUACUUUGUACAAAUGCUUGAAUGUGACAGUCUGCUUUAGGUUUAAAGACAGGGAACCAUCCAACAGAAGAGACCUCGAGAUUUCUUUCGACAUGGAGGCUGAUGCUGAUAUCAUAAUACUAGAAUACCGAAGAAUGUACUUUUAUAACGGCAAAGAUAAAACCUUUAAAAUCGAGGGAAGAACAACGAUACCAACACAGGAAAAUGAACACUGCCUGAACCCUUACACCGUCUACAUCACUAGGAAUAUUCGUUUUCUGGAUCUUCUUAAAAAGCUAACAUUUGAUUUAAAGUUUUCACUGGCCGACAAAGCUUGUGAGUCUGUACCCAAUAUCCCUUGCGCGAUGCUUGACGAAUACCUACCCACUGCAGUACGAAAUGACGAGGUGGUUUUCCAGAAACAUUGCUCACACGAAGUUUGUAAACCAGAUCUAUCCGUCACGGCGCAUGUCCAGUUACCUGGUAAUCAUACGGUAUUGGUUGUUGGAACUGAAGACGUCUUGACUGUUCACAUGAACAUCGAGAACAAUGCCAAGGACGCGUCCUACCAAUCUAUUGUCAGCCUUUAUUUCCCGGAWAAUCUAAGCUAUAUUGGACCUACAUCUACCAAGAACGUACUAUGUUCCUCGYAUUAUGGCAACGAAACCACACUAGCAACCUGUCAAAUUGGCAACCCAUUCAAACCCCAAACAAAGAAGUCGCUGUCAAUCAAGUUUACUGCCCAUGACGUCACGGAUGACUUUGUCAUUAGUGCUUUGGUAAGCAGUGCAAGUAACGAUACGAACCAAGCCAAUAACAUGGUGUCUAUACCUAUCACCACCAAGUACUUGACUGAUAUGGAGUUAACAGGGGUGAGUCAGCCUCAUGACGUCAUAUACACAGGUAACCCAGUGAGCAAGAAUGUGACGGGACCUGUCAUAAUACAGACCCUAACAAUCCGAAACCACGGCCCAAGUUUUGCAGAAGGUGCAAUAGCUAACAUACAAGUACCUAAACUCUAUGAAAACAAUCCUGACAGCACUGUACUGUACAUAGACGAGGUCGAGGUUUCUCAAGGACCUGGGAAAUGUUAUGAGAUGUUAAAUGGUAUAGUACCAGAAAAAAMCAACCUAUCCCAGCCUGCAUUGAGCCAAACUAUGCUACAAAACAAACUAACAACCAUACUUAAAACGACAUGUCGGUCUGCUGAAUGCUAUUUAUUASAGUGUAAACUUGGUCGACUAGCAAUGGACGAGAUCGUUCACAUAUCUAUGAAACUACGACUGAAUCAAAACACUUUGAUAAAGAAUAACAAAGCAAACACAAAGCUUGUAACGACUGCACAGCUKAGCGUCCCAACAGAUAUCAUGCAAACCGACACCUCCAACGAUAAUGUUAAGAUCAUAUUAACAGCCCGUCCGAGCAGUGAAGCCAAAARCCGAGAGGAUGUAUCGUGGUGGAUAAUAUUAGUAUCAAUACUUGGUGGACUGAUACUGCUUGCUGUAUUGAUAGCCAUCUUGUACAAGUGCGGUUUUUUCAAAAGAUCUCGACCAGACAAGCAGGACGCUCUUCCYGAARAGACCACACCCAUGAAGGUGUAAUCAUGGCAACCUAAUCCCUUGAUGAACAUUAGAACCAUUUGUUAUUAUAGUUUUAUACAGAGAGAGUUGCCUACCAAAGGAUGCUAAGUCACAAUCUACUCAUCAUAAUUAUUCAUCGAAUGUUUUGGACUGUCUUCCAAGGAUAGAAGUUCCGUUACAGGUCGAAAAGGUUCAACAUGUUUAAAUAUAUCUACAAUGUUAAUGUAAAAUAUAUCUACAAUGUUAAUGUAAAAUCCCACAACAGUCCGCCAUUAUAGGGAACAAGCACUUAGCAUUCACCUCGCAGACUGGACUUCUCCAGGUAAUAACUCGUGAAGUUGAAGUCCAUUAGUCCGCGACGUCUGUUAUUAUACUACUACCAUAGGCGUGUACCAAAGAUGUGUCAGUAGAAUAUUGUGAAAAAAAAUAAUUCUCAAAAAUGCUUGUAAAAAGAAUAAUCACAUAAUUAGUUACAGAGAUUUUCCGUCACGUUGAAAAUUACUCAUUUCAAUAAGGAAAUCCUGAUCCUCCAUCAUCAAAUACUAUUCACAUGGAGAAUGAUAAUUUUUUUCCCCGUAAAAUUCUGAAAAAUUAUUGUAAUAUCGCAACCGGUAUCUUGUCCUUGCCACUGUUCAAUUCACUAUUAUUAUUAUGAUAUUUCCAACAUCCAUUACCCGAUGCAKGCUGACGGGUCCGCGUGUUACAGCAAGAUGUAUUUUAUAUAGUAUACAUGCAUAGAAACAGUUGUACAUAUCAACAAAAUAAAUCAUGUUUGUAAUU